AUGGCCAAGGGAUUCAAACUUAAGGAGAUGCUGUCUCACCAAAAAGAGGCGGCUAAGGCUGACAGGAAAGAAUCUGCUAAAAAGGCGCAGCAGAAGCAGAUUUUGGAAAAACAGCAAAAUACACCUCUAGUUGUCAGUCAUGAUGAUAUCGUAGAGAAAGAAGCUUUGGAUGCUGAAUCGAAAGAAGAGCAGCCAGAGGUAUAUCAAAGUAAGGCUUUGUCGAGAAAAGAACGCAGAAAACAGAAGAAAUACGAGAAAAAGGUACAGCCUGAAGUAAAUGUGGAAGAUGCGGAAGACGAGGAAGACGAGGAAGACGAGGACGAGCUUGAAACAAACGGGAGACUGGAUUUGGACAGAUUGGAGAUGAGCGAGCCAGAAGACGAAGACGACGACGAAGAAGAAGAAGACAACGACGACGAGAAUGAGGAGCAGGAGGAGAAGGAAGAAGAGGAGGAAGAAGACGUGCCUCUUUCAGACGUAGAAUUGGACUCUGACGCUGACGUGGUCCCUCAUCAGAAAGUCACUAUCAACAACACUAAGGCCAUGAAUCACGCCUUGGAGCGCAUUCAGCUUCCAUGGAAAAAGCACACGUUCCAAGAGCAUCAGUCUAUCACUUCUGCGACAAACUCCGACGAAGGUAUCAAGGACAUUUACGACGAUACGGAGCGUGAAUUGGCCUUCUACAGACAGUCCCUAGAUGCUGUUACACAGGCGAAACAAAAGCUACAAGGUCUAAGAGUGCCGUUUAAGAGGCCUCUAGACUAUUUCGCUGAGAUGGUCAAGAGUGACGAACACAUGGACAGACUCAAGAGCAAGCUUGUGAAUGAAGCCAGCGACCGUAAGGCGCGCGAGGACGCUCGCAAACAGAGAUCGCUCAAAAAGUUUGGUAAGCAAGUGCAAAACGCAACGCUGCAAAGUCGUCUAAAGGACAAGAAGGAGACUCUAGACCGGAUCAAGUCGCUAAAGCAGAAACGUAAACACAAUGAAAUCGACGACGCUGCUUUCGAUGUUGGUGUUGAAGAAGCGGCAUCCGAGAAGCCCGAAAAGAGACAAAAGCCAAACGGCAAGAGGCUGGCUAAGGAUUCCAAAUACGGACAAGGCGGCAUGAAAAGGUUCAAGCGCAAAAAUGAUGCCAAAUCGUCUUCUGACGUCUCCGACUUCUCGUCUAACAAGAUGAAGGGCAAAACGUCGCGUCCGGGCAAGAACAGACGUUCCAAGCGUUUCUAA